AGAAACGGUCUUCUUUUUUUCCUUACAUUUUCCACUACUCUAUUCGCUUUUCACAAACAAUUAAUCACAAUAAAUUAUUUUGAACAAUUUUGCCUCCUAUUUAGAUUAGUGAGAACGACCAAUAAAUUCAGCACCAUCUCCAUUGACUCAAAAUCCCAUUUUCACACCGCACUCACUUCACUUUCUCUCAACAGUCAACACCCCUCCAACGACUCUUUUCAACUACCACCACCACCUCCUCGGCUUCUCCCCUGAAACCAUCCCAGACCACCACCCAAAAUGGCGUCCACUUCAAUCUUCUUCAUCUUAGAGUUUCGAUCUUUUUCAAGUUUUACUUAACGGGUUGUGUCAUCGUUGAUUAAACCACCGUAUCACCACCCAAUUCUACCGGAAACCACCACCCUCAUUUCUAGUUUCAUAUUGAUCAAAGUCCCGAUCUUUAUCAAUUUCUAAAUAAUGGGUUGUUUUGUCAGCACAAAUAAAACUCCCCGAUCUCCUGAAUUCAACCGUCAUUCAUCAAAAUCAAGCAGAGCUCCGCCACCAGUAGACGAAGAGACGGUGAAAGAAGUGCUUUCUGAAACUCCCAACCACAAGCAUUUCUUAAAAAUCGAAGAUGAACCCAGAAAGAGUAUACCCCGACGGAGCCUUCACAAGAUCCAGGAUCAACAGCAUAACAAUCUUGACGAUCUUAAUCUCUCUGAGAUCUGCAGUACGAUGAGCGAGAAUGUCUCAACCACCACAUUUGAAGAAGAAAAUGAGGUUAUUCGCAGGAGAGUGACUGACAGAUCUCCGGCUAAGCGAAGGAACCAGCAGCAGAAUUCCGGUGAGCUUCGAGCGGUAAGAAAUUCCCCGGUGAGAGGCAAGCAACAGUCUCCCGGUCGUAUCAGAUCCGUAGGUGAAAUAAACAACCGUGGUUCCGGGUUUGGCUCUAAUGGCCGACAAAGGCCGGUGUCGGGAACUGGACAGGAAUCUCGAUCAAGAUCUCCGGCGAAUCGUACGACGGUCAGAGGAGGAGGUGGUGGGACUAGAAAUGGAAUAGGAAGGAGCCCGUCUAAGAGGAAGACAGAAAACUCUCCCGGUCGAUUCAGGUCGGGUUUGCCGGAGAGUGUUCCGAAACCCGAUUUAGGUUCGGGUAUAGAGAUAGAAGAGAGUAACUGGGCUCCACCAGACAGAAACGACGACGAAUCAUUUGAAAACCCCCUUGUGUCCUUAGAAUGCUUUAUAUUUCUAUAGAAAUCGUUUAGUAUUCGUGUUACAUCCUCCGAAUUUCAUUUUCAAGAGUCAUUCUAGUGAUAAUUGACAUAAUUUGAAUAUCGUAUA